CCAUCCCCAUCACCCAGCACGGUCCGGGAGGGCCCCGGAGCCCCCCCUCUGUGCGCUGAGGAACCGGAGGUUUGCACAAGCCGGUGAGCCCCACGUGACCCGCGAGCAGCGCGGCGGCAGGAGGAACCCACGGCCGCCCCGCGCCCGGUCUGCACGGCCCCGGCCAUGGCCCCGUGGCUGCCCACCAAGGAGGAGAAGUACGGCGUGGCCGUGUGGAACUUCCCCCGCACGAGCGAGCAUCACCUCGAGCUGCACAUCGGGGAGACGGUGCACAUCCUGCAGGCCUCCGAGGGCUGGUACCGUGGGUACUCGCUCAGGAACCGGGCUGCCUGGGGCAUCUUCCCGGCCUCGCUCAUCCACCUGAAGGGUGCCGUGGUGGAGCGCAGGGGGGCAGAGGAGAGCGUGGUCCCCACCGAGAUGCCCAUGGUGCAGGAGAUCACCACCACGCUGCGGGAGUGGGCCACCAUCUGGAAGCAGCUCUAUGUGGCAGGGCAGAUGGAGCGGUACGGUCGUGUGAGGCAGAUGAUGUGUGAGCUGAUGGAGCGGCGCUCGCAGCUGCUGUCUGGGACGCUGCCCAAGGACGAGCUCCUGCAGCUCAAGAAGGAGGUGACCGGCAAGAUUGACUACGGCAACAAGAUCCUCGCGCUGGAUCUGGUGGUGCGGGAUGAGGAUGAAAACAUCCUGGACCCCGACAGGACCAGUGUCAUCAGCCUGUUCCAGGCGCACAAGAAGGCUGCACAGACCGUCACGCAGCGCAUCCAUGAGGAGAUGAGCCCGCAGCAGAGCCCGCUGGGCUGCGGUGCCCGCCCGGCAGCGUCCCCCUGUCACAGCCUCUACCUCUGCGUGCGCAACUUCGUGUGCAGCAUCGGGGAGGAGGCGCAGCUGCUGCUGGCGCUCUACGACCCGGUCCAGCAGCGCCUCGUCAGUGAGAACUAUGUGAUCCGCUGGGCCAGCACCGGGGUGCCCCAGGACAUUGAGCUGCUCAACAACCUCAGGGUCAUCUUCACGGACCUGGGCAGUAAGGACCUGCAGCGGGAGAGGCUGCUCCUGGUGUGCCAGAUCAUCCGGGUGGGACGCAUGGACCUGCGGGAGAGCCACAGCUGCAAGCUCAGCACCGGCCUCCGCCGCCCCUUCGGCAUCUCAGUGAUGGACAUCACGGACAUCACCAGGGGGAAGAGCGAGAGCGACGAGGACAAGCAGCACUUCAUCCCCGUGCACUUGGCCACUGCUGACAACGAUUUUCUUCACAACAUGAUCAGGAAAGCGGUGGAGGGGAAGGACAUCAACCACAAGGGACAAGGGUUCUGGGUGUCGCUGAAGGUGCUGUGGGGGGACGUGGGCCACGUGCGGAAGCAGCACCCGCACCUCGUGGACCGCAGCACGGUGCUGGCGCGCAAGCUGGGCUACCCCGAGGUCAUCAUGCCAGGAGACGUCCGGAACGACAUCUACGUGACACUGGUGCAGGGUGAGUUCGACAAGGGCAGCAAGAAGACACAGAAGAACGUGGAGGUGACGGUGUGCGUGUGCGACGAGGACGGACACGUGCUGCAGAACAUGAUCUACCCUGGCGCAGGGGUCGGGCCGACCAGCGAGUACCGCUCUGUGGUCUACUACCAGCAGCGGCACCAGCGCUGGAUGGAGACGGUGAAGAUUGCUGUUCCCAUUGAGGACGUCCACAAAACCCACCUGAGAUUCACCUUCCGGCACCGCUCCUCCAGUGACUCCAAGGACAAAAGUGAGCGGAUCUUCUCCAUGGCCUUCGUGAAGCUGGUACAAGCAGACGGCACCACACUGCACGAUGGGGAGCACGACCUGAUCCUGUACAAGGGGGACAGCAGGAAGCUGGAGGAUGCCAGCGCGUACCUGGCCCUGCCCUCUUUGCGGAGCCCGUCUGAGCCCAGGCUCCUCUCCAGCUCCUCUUUCCGUGUGAGCAGCGGCACGUCCGGCCUGACCGUGUCUGCCCGGGACAGCUUCCAGAUCUCCACAGUCAUCUGCUCCACCAAACUGACCCAGAACGUCAAUCUCCUGGGGCUGCUCAAGUGGCGCUCCAAACCCAGCCUCCUCUCCGAGAACCUCCAGAAGCUGAUGUCCGUGGAUGGAGGGGAGGUCAUCAAGUUCCUGCAGGACACGCUGGAUGCCUUGUUCUCCAUCAUGAUGGAGCACUCGGACACAGAUGUCUAUGACACACUUGUCUUUGACGCACUGGUCUUCAUCGUGGGGCUGGUGGCUGACAGGAAGUUCCAGCACUUCAACACCAUCCUGGAGACCUACAUCCGCAAGCACUUCAGUGCCACGCUCGCGUACAAGAAGCUGCUGUCGGUGCUGACGCAGUACGUGGAGCGGGUGAGCCGGGGCGAGCCCUGUGACCUGCUCCUGCGCACCUUCAAGGCCUUGGAGUACGUCUUCAAGUUCAUUGUCCGCUCUCGGCACCUCUUUGCCCAGCUCUACGAGGGGAAGGAGGCUGCCGAGUUCCAGCGCUCACUGCAGAGGUUCUUCCUGUCCCUGAACCAGCUGAUGCAGUCCCCGCUGGAGGGCCCCACGCUGCUCUCCCAGGGAGCGGCCCUGAAGUUCCUGCCCUCCAUUCUCGAGGACGUGUGUGGGAUCCUCGACUCCUCCGUGCUGGGGGCGCUGCUGCGGGACUUCAUUGGGAACGUGCCACCGCAGCGGCUGCUGAGGCACAAGCUGCAUUCCCUGAGCGGCAUCGUCCACAGCAAAGCCUUCCAGUCCUACGGUUGCCGGGAGCUGCUGCUGCAGGUGGCCGUGCCGCUGCUGCAGGACCUGGUGGCAAAGGGGGAGGAGGAGGAGGCCUGCAUCGAGCUGCUCAGCAGCAUCCUGGAGGUGCUGUACGAGGCCCAGAAGAGAGCGGAGGAGCUGGAGACGCAACCCAGCACAGGCAAGGAGCGGCAUCAGGAGCUGGUGCGGGUGAAGCAGCACGUCCGGCUGGUCCUGGAGCGCCUCCUGCACCCCGUCACCCGCAGGGUGAUCGUCCUGGACCGGGAGAGCUCCCUGCGGAGUCACUAUGUGGCCUGCAUGGCUGCCAUCCUGAGCCAGAUGGACAUGGAACAUUACAGAUCUUACAUCAAGGCAUUCCCCUCCCGGGCCGAGCUGAUGGAUUUCCUCAUGGAGACCUUCAUCCUCUUCAAGGACCUGAUUGGCAAGGCAGUGUACCCGUGCGACUGGAUGGUGAUGAGCAUGGUGCAGAAUCGGGAGUUCCUGCGCACCAUCAACCAGUUUGCCUCCACCUUGACCGAGAUGUUCCUGAGCGAGAACAGCUUCGAGCUACAGCUUUGGAACAAUUACUUCCACUUGGCCGUGGCUUUCCUGACCCAAGACUCGCUGCAGCUCGAGAACUUCUCCCAGGCCAAGCGCAGCAGCAUCCUGGCCAAGUACGGGGACAUGAGAGCCACCAUUGGAGCGUCCAUUCGGGACAUGUGGUACAACCUCGGCCCCCGCAAGAUUGAGUUCAUCCCGGGCAUGGUGGGCCCCAUCCUGGAGAUGACGCUGGUGCCGGAGCCAGAGCUGCGCAAGGCCACCAUCCCCAUCUUCUUUGACAUGAUGCUCUGCGAGUACCAGCUCACCCGCAGCUUUGCCCGGUUUGAGGAUGAGAUCCUGCGGCAGUUGGACACUGAGGUGGAGGGCGGCCGCGGGGAUGAGCAGUACAAGCAGCUCUUUGAGAGCAUCCUGCUGAGCUGCUGCCAGGCGCACCCCGAACUGGCCGAGCCCGGGCAGAGCUUCGUGGCGCUGGUGACGGGGCUCCUGGAGCGGCUCCUCGACUACCGGGCCGUGAGGAACGACGAGAACAAAACCUACAGCAUGAGCUGCACUGUUAACCUGCUGAACUUCUACAAGGAGAUCGGCCGCCAGGCCAUGUACAUCAGGUACCUGUACAAGCUGCGGGACCUGCACGUCAGCUACGAGAACUACACGGAGGGCGCCUACACGCUGCUGCUGCACGCGCGGCUGCUCAAGUGGUCGGACGAGGCGAGCACGGCGCCGGUGCAGGGCGCGCACGGGCCCGCGCUGCGCACCCAGCGCCAGCUCAAGGAGGCGCUUUACAACCAGAUCAUCCGCUACUUCGACCAGGGCAAGAUGUGGGAAGAGGCCAUCCACAUCUGCAAGGAGCUGGCGGAGCAGUACGAGAGCGAGGUCUUUGACUACGAGCUGCUGAGUGACAUCCUGCAGCAGGAAGCCCGCUUCUAUGAGAAGAUCCUGAAGGUGCUGCGGCCCAGCCCGGAUUACUUUGCCGUGGGCUACUACGGGCAGGGCUUCCCCCCGUUCCUGCGGAACAAGGUCUUCAUCUAUCGGGGCAAGGAGUAUGAGCGCCGGGAGGACUUCGAGCUGCAGCUGCUGAGCCCCUUCCCCAGCGCUGAGAGGCUCAAGAGCACGAGUCCCCCUGGGCAGGACAUCACUGGCUCCCCAGGACAGUACAUCCAGUGUUUCACCGUGCAGCCGGCAGAGGAAGCCAGGGGCCGGUUCAAGGACCGGAGCAUCCCGGAGCAGAUCACCAAUUUCUACAGAGCCAACCAUGUCCAGAGGUUCAGCUACUCGCGACCCUUCAAGAAAGGCCCAAAGGACCCAGACAAUGAAUUUGCAAACAUGUGGAUCGAGCGGACAACCUUCCUGACAGCCUAUCCCCUGCCUGGCAUCCUCCGCUGGUUCGCGGUGACCUCCACCACCACGACCAUCAUCUCCCCCCUGGAAAACGCCAUCGAGACCAUGAUGAAAACCAAUGAGAAGAUCAUGAGCGAGAUCAACCGGCACCAGCAGGACCCCAGCUUGCCCAUCAACCCUCUCUCCAUGCUGCUCAGCGGCAUUGUGGACCCUGCUGUCAUGGGGGGCUUCGCCAAGUACGAGAUGGCCUUUUUCCAGGAGUCCUACCUGCGGGAGCACCCCGAGGACGAGGAGAACAUCGAGAAGCUGAAGGACCUGAUCGCCUGGCAGGUGCCGCUGCUGGCGGAGGGGAUCCGGCUCCACGGGCAGAAGGUGACAGAGGACCUGCGGCCGUUCCACGAGCGCAUGGAGCAGUGCUUCGGGCAGCUGCGGGCCAAGGUGGAGAGCCAGUACGGGCUGCGGGAGAUGGUCUGGUUCGAGGACCAGCGCCCCGGACGCCCCCGGUCCAUGGCCUGGGUCCCCGACUGGAACCGGCUGAACCACUGUGGAGACAGCACGGAGACGCCCCCAGUCCCAAAACCCACCGAGAGUGAGGAGCGCAGGACCGAGUGCAGGGAAAACCGCUCCAGCACCUUCUUUGGGCACCGGCGGCAGGACCUGUGCCAGUCCAUCUCGGAGCUGCCGGAGCCCAAGGACGAGAAGCGGAGACUCUCCCACGUGAGCGAGAGCAGCUCCGCCGGGAAGCAGCCGGGGCCAAGCCGCGCCGGUGCCCAGCUGAGCCCCACAGGGCCGUCCCCGUCACCCACCGGCUUCGGGGGCCGCGUGAAGAGCGCCAGCAGAGCCCCGCCGCUGCCGCGCAGGAUCAGCUCCGCCGUGUACGAGACCUUCCUGGAGCUCAGCGACGCCGCCGGAGGGAAGGUGACCCCAUCAACCCCGGCGGACGGAAACAAAGGCCCGAAGUCGCCGCCGCUGCCGUCCCCCAGGUUCAAGCGCCUCUCACAGCUCUGAGCCCGAGCCCGAACCCGCAGCAGCCCCAUCUGCCAGGGAUGGAAAACCUCGCCGUGAUCCCGCUCCCGCUGUGCCAACGGCCCUGUUCCAUCCCUGCCCGCUGGACCCCCACUUGCACCCUGCAGAGCCCAGGAGCUCCC